UCUGAUAAAAUUGAAUCUGAACCAAUCUCAACUCAACACAAAAUGCCGAAGGGAUUUUGUUUUACGGUAUUUUGGGUUGUAGGUGUUAUCCUAACCUAAUGUAUUAUGUACCACAAUGCGUUUUUCUCAUUCCAUAGCUAACAUCCGAAUCUUUAUUCAUAACUAUGACGCUGUUAUGAUAACCUUUUUACUUGUAAAAUUCAGGAUAAAUUUUGAUUAAUAUUUGGUAAAUAAUUUGGUUUUAGCUGUUUAAGGUUCAAUUUUUUAAUUACCCCCCCAUAUAUUUUCAUUUAAUUUAGUCAUCUUUAGCAUGUCAUUUGAUCAUUUGUUUUUAAGUUAAUUAUUUAUUUUUAUUACGGAUACUAAACUCAAUAUCUGUUAGGAAGAAAAUUUAUAUCAUUCUCUUCAAUAAUCAGGAAAUAACCAAUAGUUCUGAAAUAACUAAUAAGGGAAUUUCUCAUAAAAAACAAUGCAUGUAUAAAACAAUUUUAAAAACUAUAAACCUAUAUAAAAUAUAUAUAUUCAUUAAAAUCAACAAUAGUCUAUAGGUUUCAAAAUAAUGCCAUUAGUUUUAGUUAUGUUUUGUUUAUAAAAUAUAUUAAUAACAAUACCUAAUUUUUUUAAAUUUUACAUAGGCAGUAAAAUUAUUUUCAGAUAAUUAUUUAAUAUUUUUUUUAUAUAGAGUAUUUAACAGUAUUGACCCCAUACAGCUCCUAGUCUAAAGCUGACUAUCUAGACCAUGGUUGAAAUAUUUAACCAAACCAUAGUUAAGUGUUUCACUUAUAUAAAGCCCUUGCCGGUGAAACAGCAAACAAUAAAAACCAGAGAGAGACGACGACGGAUGUUACUUCUUGCCGGAAAAUAAAGAAAGAAGAUGAUCGGAGAAAAUCGCGAGCCUUACCCGACGGUGCAGAUUCCUACAUGGCCGGUUUCUGAAGACUUUACAACGGCGGAGAUUUUUUCUCCGGCCAUGAACAGUCCAGAUUGCAGCAUGCUUAAAGCUUUAACGGCGUUACAUCGUUAUCUUCCGUCUAACGAAUCGUAUCCGGAUUCCGACCCGGAACCAUUCGGACCGGACUCUCUAGUCGAUGCUUACUCCUGUGACCAUUUCCGCAUGUACGAUUUCAAAGUCUUGAGGUGUUCUCGUGGCCGGAGCCAUGACUGGACGGAGUGUCCGUACGCUCACCCCGGAGAAAAGGCUCGCCGGAGAGAUCCGACGAAGUACAAUUACUCCGGGACGGCUUGUCCGGAGUUCCGAAAAGGCGGUUGCAAGAAAGGAGACUCUUGCGAGUUUGCUCACGGAGUUUUCGAGUGUUGGCUUCAUCCUUCUCGUUACAGGACUCAGCCGUGUAAAGACGGCGGUGGAUGUCGCCGGAAAGUUUGUUUCUUUGCUCACUCGCCGGAGCAGCUAAGGUAUGUCCAGGCCCGAAGCCCUGAUCGGGUCGAUUCCUUCGUUAGAGCGUUUCAGCUCUCGAUAUCGCCUGUUUCUAGUUCGCCGCCGGUGAGUCCGAGAGCUGACUCGGAGUCUUCUCAGUCACUGAGUCGCUCGCUCGGGUCUAGUUAUAUAAACGACGUGACGACGUCGUUUCGGAACUUACGGUUUGAGAAAUUGAAAUCAUUUCCUUCGUAUUAUAACAAUCCGUUUCGAUGCUACCAAUCCGGAUUCGGGUCGCCCCGAGGAUCCAUGUUGGGUCCUGGGUUUCAGAGUCUGCCUACAACUCCGGCCCGACCCGAGAAUCUGGAUAUUUGGGAGAAUGGUUUAGAAAAAGAUCCCGCAAUGGAGCGGGUCGUAGAGUCGGGUCGUGAGCUUAGAGCGAAGAUGUUUGAGAAACUGAGCAAGGAGAAUUGCAUGGAUCGGGUUGAACCGGAUCAAAAUUCGGGUGAUGCUCCUGAUGUCGGGUGGGUAUCUGAACUGGUGAUGUAAGAGGACUAAACCGGCCCGUACCCGAAUGUCAAGAUCUCAUUGAUAAGUCAUCAUUUUUUCCGUGAUCUCUUCCAAGGAAAAGAGGAGGAGAUCUAGAAUUGUGUUCAUAUUAUUAUUAACCAAUUUCGUAUUAUCUGACAAUAAUAGUAACUAAAUAAGGAUUUUUGGGAGGAUUUUUCUGAGGACUUUAUAAUCUCGUUGUAUAGAUGUGCCUAGGGGUUUUACUCAAGCUAUAUUAAUAGUAAUCAUCUUUGUUGAUGAGUUUUA